AUAAGAGGCAGAGCCCAGUAGGAAUUCCCUCCGCUUGCUGGUAGGAAGCUUGGGGAGCACCCUCAUGGAAGAGAAGCAGAUCCUGUGUGUGGGGCUGGUGGUGCUGGACAUCAUCAAUGUGGUGGACAAGUACCCCGAGGAGGACACGGAUCGCAGGUGCCUAACCCAGAGAUGGCAACGUGGAGGCAAUGCGUCCAACUCCUGCACUGUCCUUUCCUUGCUUGGAGCCCGCUGCGCCUUCAUGGGCUCCUUGGCCCCUGGCCAUGUUGCCGAUUUUGUCCUGGAUGACCUCCGCCGACAUUCUGUGGACCUACAAUACGCGGUCCUUCAGACCGAGGGCUCCAUCCCCACCUCGACAGUCAUCGUCAACGAGGCCAGCGGUAGCCGCACCAUCCUGCACGCCUACAGGCCCGUGUGCUCCAGUGUACCCUUCCCACUCCUGGGGGAGGUCUAGGCAAUGUGUAGCUCUAACCUGUGUCUCCUUGCCCUCUCCCUGGCUCGGGUCCCUCCCCCAAAGCUUCCUGGUGGCUGACUUCAAGCAGAGGGGCGUGGAUGUGUCUCAAGUGGCCUGGCAGAGCCAGGGAGAUACCCCUUGCUCUUGCUGCAUCGUCAACAACUCCAAUGGCUCCCGUACCAUUAUACUCUACGACACGAACCUGCCAGAUGUGUCUGCCAAGGACUUUGAGAAGGUUGAUCUGACCCGGUUCAAGUGGAUCCACAUUGAGGGCCGGAAUGCAUCGGAACAGGUGAAGAUGCUGCAGCGGAUAGAACAGUACAACGCCAAGCAGCCUCUGCCCCAGAGAGUUCGGGUGUCGGUGGAGAUCGAGAAACCCCGGGAAGAGCUCUUCCAGCUGUUUGGCUAUGGUGAGGUGGUGUUUGUCAGCAAAGAUGUGGCCAAGCACCUGGGGUUCCAGUCAGCGGCAGAGGCCCUGAGAGGCUUGUAUGGUCGUGUGAAGAAAGGGGCUACACUCGUCUGCGCCUGGGCUGAGAAGGGCGCCGAUGCCCUGGGCCCUGAUGGGCAACUGCUGCACUCGGAUGCCUUCCCACCGCCCCGAGUAGUAGACACUCUGGGGGCUGGAGACACCUUCAAUGCCUCUGUUAUCUUCAGCCUUUCGAAGGGAAACAGCAUGCAGGAGGCCCUGAGAUUCGGCUGCCAAGUGGCUGGCAGGAAGUGCGGCCUGCAGGGCUUUGAGGGCAUUGUGUGAGAGGUGGGCAGUAAGAGGCACCAGCUCAACAUCUUGGAGGAGGCUGGCACUAUUGCCUGCCAUUGCCUUUUCUACUUCAUCCAGCCUGGCAUUCAGCUGCCCUGUUCCCUGGGCAGGUGGCAUCUGCGGAGAGAACUCUGCGUUCAUGUUUCUGGAUACCUCCAACUCCAUUCUGUAGAUGCUCGGAGCAAAUAAACCUUCCCCAAGCCA